CUGCCUCUGCGCCCUCCAUCCCGGUUUGCUCAUUCUCUCGCCCUCUCGCUUCCCCUGCGGUCUCUCGCUCUGCGCGCACACACCACACACACGCACACGCACACACACGCGCGCGCACACACGCAGCCGGCACAGGCGGCGGCGGCGGCGGCUGCCCAAGUCAGGACGAACCUCUCUAGGUACCGUCUUGAGAAGGCGGCAGCGGCAGCGGCGGCAGCCCGAGCAUCCUUUCUCAGCCGGAGAGGGAGCAUCACCGAGAGUUUCCGUUCCCUUCCCCCUCCUUUUCUUUAUUUUCAAGAGAAUUUCUUCUUCGCUUAUUGGUUUAAUUUGAUUUUGAAAAAUUUUGGUUGCUUUUUUGUGUGUGCCUUUUUCCCCCCUUUCCUCAUUUUAUUUGCAUCCAGAGCAUGGCGGGCUGCGGGCUGUCGGAAGAUACCUUCUUCUCUUCCUUCUUUUACAACUACGGCUCCUCCUGGGAAACCCCUUCCAACCAGUCUGCCCCUGAACUGCACUCGCUGCCGCUUUGGUAGAGGCUUGCAACGAAAGAAAGUAACAACCACUGGACUGGCAAAUCCAGUUUGUGCAAGCAGCAUCAGCAAUGGAUGAGACCUCCCCCAGGCUGGAAGAAGACUGGAAAAAAGGACUUCAGCGAGAAGCAAGCUGGCAGUGUGCUGCUUUGGUUGGUGAAGACCAGCCUCUUUGCCCAGAUCUUCCUGAACUUGACCUUUCUGAACUAGACGUGAACGACUUGGAUACAGAUAGUUUUCUGGGUGGACUCAAGUGGUGCAGUGACCAAUCAGAAAUAAUAUCCAAUCAGUACAACAAUGAGCCUUCAAACAUAUUUGAGAAGAUAGAUGAAGAGAAUGAGGCGAACUUGCUAGCAGUCCUCACAGAGACACUGGACAGUCUCCCUGUGGAUGAAGACGGAUUGCCCUCAUUUGAUGCACUGACAGAUGGAGACGUGACCACUGAGAAUGAGGCUAGUCCUUCCUCCAUGCCUGACGGCACCCCUCCGCCUCAGGAGGCAGAAGAGCCGUCUCUACUCAAGAAGCUCUUACUGGCACCGGCCAACACUCAGCUAAGUUAUAAUGAAUGCAGUGGUCUCAGUACCCAGAAUCAUGCAAACCAUAAUCACAGGAUCAGAACAAACCCCUCUGUUGUUAAGACCGAGAAUUCAUGGAGCAAUAAAGCGAAGAGCAUUUGUCAACAGCAAAAGCCACAGAGACGUCCCUGCUCGGAGCUUCUCAAGUAUCUGACCACAAACGAUGACCCUCCUCACACUAAACCCACAGAGACCAGGAACAGCAGCAGAGACAAAUGCACCUCCAAAAAGAAGUCCCACACACAAUCGCAGUCGCAACAUUUACAAGCCAAACCAACAACUUUAUCUCUUCCUCUGACCCCAGAGUCACCAAAUGACCCCAAGGGUUCCCCAUUUGAGAACAAGACUAUUGAACGAACCUUAAGUGUGGAACUCUCUGGAACUGCAGGCCUAACUCCACCCACAACUCCUCCUCAUAAAGCCAACCAAGACAACCCUUUCAGGGCUUCUCCAAAGCUGAAGUCCUCUUGCAAGACUGUGGUACCUCCGCCAUCAAAGAAGCCCCGGUACAGCGAGUCUCCUGGUACCCAAGGCAAUAAUUCCACCAAGAAAGGGCCUGAGCAGUCUGAGUUGUAUGCGCAACUCAGCAAGACCUCAGUGCUCCCCAGUGGACACGAGGAAAGGAAGGCCAAGCGACCCAGUCUACGGCUGUUUGGUGACCAUGACUAUUGUCAGUCAAUCAAUUCCAAAACGGAAAUACUCAUUAAUCUAUCACAGGAGCUCCAAGACUCUAGACAACUAGAAUAUAAAGAUGCUUCCUCCAGUUGGCAGGGGCAGAUUUGUUCUUCCACAGAUCCAGACAAGUGCUACAUGAGAGAGACUUUGGAGGUGAGCAAGCAGAUCUCUCCUUGCAGCACCAGAAAACAGCUCCAAGACCAGGAAAUCCGAGCCGAGCUCAACAAGCACUUCGGUCAUCCCAGUCAAGCUGUUUUUGAUGACGAAGCAGACAAGACCAGUGAACUGAGGGACAGUGAUUUCAGUAAUGAACAAUUCUCCAAACUACCUAUGUUUAUAAAUUCAGGACUAGCCAUGGAUGGCCUGUUUGAUGACAGCGAAGAUGAAAGUGAUAAACUGAACUACCCUUGGGAUGGCACACAAUCCUAUUCACUGUUCGAUGUGUCGCCUUCCUGCUCCUCUUUUAACUCUCCAUGUAGAGAUUCCGUGUCACCACCCAAAUCCUUAUUUUCUCAAAGACCCCAAAGGAUGCGCUCUCGUUCAAGGUCCUUCUCUCGACACAGGUCGUGUUCCCGAUCACCAUAUUCCAGGUCAAGAUCAAGGUCCCCAGGCAGUAGAUCCUCUUCGAGAUCUUGCUACUACUAUGAGUCAAGCCACUGCAGACACCGUACACACCGAAAUUCUCCUCUGUGCUCAAGAUCACGUUCAAGAUCGCCCUACAGCCGUAGGCCCAGGUAUGACAGCUACGAGGAAUAUCAGCACGAAAGGCUGAAGAGGGAAGAAUACCGCAGAGAGUAUGAGAAGCGGGAAUCUGAGAGGGCCAAACAAAGGGAGAGGCAGAGGCAGAAGGCAAUUGAAGAACGCCGUGUGAUUUAUGUUGGUAAAAUCAGACCUGACACGACACGGACAGAACUGAGGGACCGUUUUGAAGUUUUUGGUGAAAUUGAGGAGUGCACAGUAAAUCUGCGGGAUGAUGGAGACAGCUAUGGUUUCAUUACCUACCGUUAUACCUGUGAUGCUUUUGCUGCUCUUGAAAAUGGAUACACUUUGCGCAGGUCGAAUGAAACUGACUUCGAGCUGUACUUUUGUGGACGCAAGCAAUUUUUCAAGUCUAACUAUGCAGACCUAGAUUCAAACUCAGAUGACUUUGACCCUUCUUCCACCAAGAGCAAGUACGACUCUCUGGAUUUCGAUAGUUUACUGAAAGAAGCUCAGAGAAGCUUCCGCAGGUAACAUGCUCCCUGGCUGAGGAUGACAGAGGGACGGUGAAUACCUCACGGGACAGCGCGUCCUUCCCUAACAGACUAUUGCAAGUCAUACUUAGGAAUUUCUCCUACUUUACACUCUGUACAAAAGAAACAAACAAAAACACAGAACAACAACAAUACAACGAGAACAACAAUGGUUUACAUGAACACAGCUGCUGAAGAGGCAAGAGAGAGAAUGGAUAUCCAGUAAGCACAUGUUUAUUCAUGGGUGUCAGCUUUGCUUUCCCUGGAGUCUCUUGGUGACGGUGAUGAGGUGUGUGUGUGUGUGUGUGUGUGUGUGUGUGUGUCUCUGUGUGUGUGUGUGUGCAUGCGUGCCUGGUUUGGGGUAAGUAUGUAUGUCCAGGUGGGGACUGGGGGUUCCUGACCAGAGUGUGCCAGAGCAAACCACUUCAAAUGGCAGCAGUUCCAUGAAGACACAAGUAAAACCUAGAACUUCAAAAUGUUCAUAUUCUAUUCAAAAGGAAAAAAAAAUGCAUAAAUUCAAAAGGAAAGAAAACCAACCAACCACAAACCACCCUAAAACGACAGCCGCUGAUAUCUGGGCAUCAGCCUCCGUACUCUGUUUUUUAAGAAAGUGCAAAAUCAACUUGAAGCAAGCUUUCUCUCGUAACGUAAUGAUUAUAUGACAAUCCUGAAGAAACCACAGGUUCCGUAGAACUAAUAUUCUCUCUCUCUCUCUCUCUCUCUCUCUCUCUCUCUUGCUGUCUCUCUCUCUCUCUCUCUCUCUCUCUCUCUCUCUCUCUCUCUCUCUCUCUCUCUCUCUCCCCCACCCCUCUCUCUCCCUCUCUCUCUCUCUCUACCUCUCUCUCUCCCUCUUUCUCCCUCUCCCUCUCCAUUUUAUCUUUUUUCCUUUUGCCAUGGAAUCUGGGUGGGAGAGGAUACUCCAGGCACCAGAAUGCUAAACUUUCCUAACAUUUUGAAGUUUCUGUCAUUUGUUCUUUAUCCUGACACCCAUGUAAAUGUCCAAAAUGUUGAUCUUCCACUGCAAAUUUCAAAAGCCUUGUCAAUGGUCAAGCGUGCAGCUUGUUUAGUGGUUCUUUCUGAGGCGCGAGCACGGUGUUACAUUAUGAAUGAGAGUUGGGUAGAACUCUCUGGGAUGUGUUCAGAUAGUGUAACUGCUACAUUCUCUGAUGUAGUUAAGUAUUUACAGAUGUUAAAUGGAGUAUUUUUAUUUUGUGUACAUAGUAUACAACAAUGUUCUUUUUUUGUUAUAGCUAUGCACUGUAAAUGCAGCCUUCUUUUCAAAACUGCUGAAUUUUUCUUAAUCAAGAAUAUUCAAAUGUAAUUAUGAGGUGAAACAAUUAUUGUACACUAACCUAUUUAGAAGCUGAACUUACUGCUUAUAUAUAUUUGAUUGUUAAAAAAAAAAGACAGUGUGUGUUUCUGUUGAGUGCAGCAACAACAAAAUGAUGCUUUACGCACAUCCAUCCUUUCGUAGGUGAGCUUCGAUCUAAGCAUCUUGUCAAGAAAUAUCCUAGCCCUCUAAAGGUAUUAACCACUUCUGCGAUAUUUUUCCACAUUCUCUUGUUGCUUGUUUUUCUUUGAAGUUUUAUACACUGGAUUUGUUAGGGGAAUGAAAAUUUUCUCAUCUAAAAUUUUUCUAGACGAUAUCAUGAUUUUAUGUAAAGUCUCAAUGGGUAACCAUUAAGAAAUGUUUUUAUUUUCUCUAUCAACAGUAGUUUUGAAACUAGAGGUCAAAAAUCUUUUUAAAAUGCUGUUUUGUUUUAAUUUUUGUGAUUUUAAUUUGAUACAAAAAGCUGAGGUAAUAAUUACAGUAUGAUUUUUACAAUACUUAAUGUGUGUCUGAAGACUAUCCUUGAAGCCAGUAUCUCUUUCCCUUGGCAGAGUAUGAUGAUGGUAUUUAUCUGUAUUUUUUACAGUUAUGCAUCCUGUAUAAAUACUGAUAUCUCAUUCCUUUGUUUACUAAAGAGACAUAUUUAUCAGUUGCAGAUAGCCUAUUUAUUAUAAAUUAUGAGAUGAUGAAAAUUAUAAAGCCAGUGGAAAUUUUCUACCUAGGAUGCAUGGCAAUUGUCAGGGUGGAGUUUCAGUGUCUCAUUUGGGAAAUUCAGCUUUUGCAGAAGCAGUGUUUCUACUUGCACUAGCAUGGCCUCUGAUGUGACCAUGAUGUUGUUCUUGAUGACAUUGCUUCUGCUCAAUUCAAUAAAAAACUUCAGAAAAACCUCCAUUUUGAGCAUCAGGAUUUCCUCUGAGUGUGGAGCCCCUGGAAUGGAACUCAGUACAGUUUGGACUGUGUAUUCAAGUGUCUAAGUUGAGAUUCAAUGACAGUUUGGCUGACAUGACUUUUCUCGAAGACAUGAUAUACCUACUCCUUAAUCUUAGUUUUUUUCCUUUCUCUCGCCCAACAUGAUCUUAUAAAAUGGAUUUCACCCCCAGGCCAAUGCAGCUAAUUUUGAUAGCUGCAUUCAUUGAUCACCAGCAUAUUGCGUUCUGAGUGAAUCCACUGUCUGUCCUGUCGGAUGCUUGCUUGAUUUCUUGGCUUCUUAUUUCUAAGUAGAUAGAAAGCAAUAAAAAUACUACGAAAUACAAGAACUUGUUCACAGGUUCUGCGUUACAACAGUAACACAUCUUUAAUCCGCCUAAUUCUUGUUGUUCUGUAGGUUAAAUGCAGGUAUUUUAACUCUGUGUGAACGCCAAACUAAAGUUUACAGUCUUUCUUUCUGAAUUUUGAGUAUCUUCUGUUGUAGAAUAAUAAUAAUAAUAAUAAUGAUAAUAAUAAUAAUAAUAAAAAGACUAUUAAGAGCAAUAAAUUAUUUUUAAGAAAUCAAUAUUUAGUAAAUCAUAUUAUGUGUUCAAGGACCAGAUGCGUUCUCUAUUUUGCCUUUAAAUUUUUGUGAUCCAAUUUUAAAUACAUUCUCCUUUCUGCCCUGGAUUGUUGACAUGAGUAAAAAUACUUGGUUUCUUUUCUUACUUAUCAAAAGACCGCACUACAGAUUUCAUGUUGAGGAUUAACUUAUUCCCCCUCUGGCCUGACAAAUAUUGUUACCAUGCAGACAGCUUUGUUUUUUUUUUGUUUGUUUGUUUUGUUUUCCCCCCACGGACUUCAAAUUGCAUCUAAAAUUAGUGCAAAGAGAGAAUCACUAAACCAUCCGAAUAGAGCUUUUGUAUCUUAUGCAGACACUGUGGGUAGCCCAUCAAAAUGUAAACUGUAUUCCUUUUAUUUUUAAUUUUUUUUUUUUUGGAGAGAAUAUUUCAAAUGAACACCCCAUCAUCACUGGAGGCAAAUUUCAGCAUAGAUCUCUAGGAUUUUUAGAUGACCGUGGAACAUUGCCUUCAUGCUGUGGUAAGUACCACAUCUACAAUUUUGGUAACCGAACUGGUGCUUUAGAAAUGUGGGGUUUUUUUGUUUUGUUUUGUUUUGUUUUUAAAGAGAUGUAGCAGAAUAAUUCUUCCAGUGCAACAAGAUUGAUUUUUGCUAAACGACUCUGAGAAAGCAACGGUUGGGCUGUCAACAUUCAAAGCAGCAGUGAGGGAACUUUGCACUAUUGGGGUAUGAUGGUUGGGUCAGUUAAAAAAAGGAAACCUUUUCAUGCCUUUAGAUGUGAGCUUACAGUAGGUAAUGAUUAUGUGUCCUUUUUUGAUGGCUGUAAUGAGAACUUCAAUCACUGUAGUCUAAGACCUGAUCUAUAGAUGACCUAGAAUAGCCAUGUAAUAUAAUGUGAUGAUUCUAAAUUUGUACCUAUGUGACAGACAUUUUCAAUAAUGUGAACUGCUGAUUUGAUGGAGCUACUUUAAGAUUUGUAGGUGAAAGUGUAAUACUGUUGGUUGAACUAUGCUGAAGAGGGAAAGUGAGCGAUUAGUUGAGCCCUUGCCGGGCUUUUUUUUCCACCUGCCAAUUCUACAUGUAUUGUUGUGGUUUUAUUCAUUGUAUGAAAAUUCCUGUGAUUUUUUUUUUUUAAAUGUGCAGUACACAUCAGCCUCACUGAGCUAAUAA